AUGGUGGAACACACCGGUCUGGACAUUAUGUGUCUGAACAAGCACUGUCACAGUUCCUCCUCGUCGUCCAGCUCCGAGCCCGACAAGAAAGUGUUCUCCAAACUAAAACUCAGCUUGUCAGACUAUCCGAGGAAGAACGCAGAGAUCCUCAGCGGCCAGUACGGUACCAAUGUGCUGCUGAUCGGGGCGGCGUUGAUGCUAGCCCAGGGUCCCUCUAUCAAGCAAGAACACCUGCUGUCCUUUAUCACCGGCCUCAUGAUCCUCCAGCUGAUCUGGAUGAUGUGGUACAUCCUGGUGCGGGACAGACGGAAGAACACGCGGACCGAGAAAGACGUCCACGCCACCACAUGCUGGAUAAGAGGUGGUUUGACUCUUCUUGCACUCCUUUCAUUGACUAUGGACGCUUUUAGAAUCGGGUACUAUGUUGGCUAUCGAACUUGUCUGUCGGCUGUGAUCGGGGUAUAUCCUGUCAUCCAUGCAACUCACACCAUAGCACAGGUGCAUUUUCUCUGGUUUCACAUCAAGGAUGUCAUCAAGAGCUUUGAAACAUUUGAGAGAUUUGGUGUAAUCCAUGCAGUCUUUACCAACCUCCUCCUGUGGUGCAACGGUGUGAGGGCAGAGGCUGAGCACUUCUUGAACAACUAUAUGAGAAGACUCUCUGCCCUGGGCUACGAAAACUUCACUAUAGAGAACUCAGAGCCUCUCUGUAACUGCACCACCAGCACUUGCACCAUGUUCUCCAGCAGUCUCAAAUAUCUCUUUCCUUUCAACAUUGAGUACCACAUCUUUGUCUCCGCCAUGCUCUUCGUCAUGUGGAAGAACAUCGGACGGACCAUUGACCUUUCUUCAAACCAUAAAAGGCUGGCCACCAAAACCCAGGGCCUCAUCUUAGGCCCCCUUCUGGGUCUUCUUGCACUGGGCAGCACUAUUGGAGUCCUGGUGGUCUACAUCACCCAUUUAGAGGACUCCCUCCAAACGCGUCAGUCAGCCAUUACCAUGUUCUACAUUUAUGGCAUCGUCAUGCUGGUGUUUAUGUGCUCUGCCAGUCUAUCAGGUCUGCUCAUAUACCGAGCGGAUAACAUGCCGCUGGACACCUCCAAGAAUCCGUCCAGACAGCUGGACACAGAGCUGCUGUUUGGGUCCUCUAUCGGCUCCUGGCUCAUGUCCUGGUGCAGCAUAGUGGCUGUGUUAGGCACAAACAGCAGCCCUUCUUACCGCUGGACCAACUUCGUCUACUCUCUGCUUGUUGUGCUAGAGAAGUGCAUCCAGAACCUCUUCAUCAUAGAGUCCCUAUAUCGACAGCCAGAAGAUGGAGCGAGGAAGGACCCUGAGUUACCAGCUGCUCCAGAAAUCUGCUCGGUGUCGUCCUCUUUGGCCCUACCAUACAACGGCAUCAUCAACCAAGGCUAUGAGACUCCAGACAUGGCCUGUGUGACCAUGGAGAACAAGCAGGAGGAGAGCGGACAGGUGUACACAUGUCCGACGAAACCUCCUGAUGUGCCGCUGCCUGUGGAAAACAAAGUAGUGAAGCCCCCAAAAAUAAAGAGGCAAAUCCUGAAGAACAUUGCCAUCUUCCUGCUAAUGUGCAACAUUUCACUGUGGAUCCUUCCUGCCUUUGGAUGCCGGCCACAAUACGACAACGGGUUGGAAGAGCAGACAUUUGGCUUCAGCAUAUGGAUCACAGUUCUCAAUUUUGCUAUUCCUUUGAACCUUUUCUACCGCAUGCACUCGGUUGCUUGCCUCUUCGAGGUGUUCCGCCAGGUCUGACAGAAUAACAGGUGACUGACAAUGCCAGAUAACAUACAGGAACACUUGUCACCGCCUGCUCCUGAGAGCGUCUCACAGCGCAGGUCAACUGUUCAGACUUGAAAGCAAGCCGUGGAGACAAACAAAAACGAAAGAUCCCUCAGUGAUGGGGAUUGCAGAGGAAGAC